AUGUUGCGAACACUGCUUCUCGUCGCGUUGGCGGUCGUCUUUCCGGCGCAUGCCCUCGAUGCUCCCGAGCGAUUCUACCCCUCAACUUGGGGUUCAGGCGGACCGGACGGCUGGGACGACGCGUACGAAAAGGCGCGGGAGUUUGUUUCCCAAUUGACCCUCGCUGAAAAGGUGAACCUGACGACGGCCGACAAAAUCUCUGCCUUCCCUGCCGGUGUGAAUGCCGCCGCAACCUGGAGCCGCUCGCUCAUCCGAGCCCGUGGCGCUGCGAUGGGCGCCGAAUUCUAUGGUAAGGGUAUUGAUGUCCAGCUCGGUCCGUCGGUCGGCCCCCUCGGUUUGUUUCCCGAGGGUGGUCGCAAUUGGGAAGGCUUCGGUUCGGAUCCGUAUCUAGCGGGGGCGGCGACUGCGUCAACCGUGGAAGGCAUUCAGAGCGAGGGCGUGAUUGCUUGCGUAAAGCACUACAUAUUGAACGAGCAAGAGCAUUAUCGAGGGUCGGUAUCGAGCGAGCUCAAUGAUCGAGUGAUGCAUGAAGUCUAUCUCUGGCCGUUUGCGGAUGCUGUUAGAGCUGGUGUGGGCUCUGUGAUGUGCUCAUACAACCGCAUCAACGGCACGUACGCUUGCGAGAAUGCGUACACAAACUACUUGCUAAAGAACGAACUGAACUUCCAAGGUUUCGUCAUGUCGGAUUGGGGUGCUCAGCACGCGACUCUCGAAUCUGCCCUCAAUGGCCUCGACAUGACCAUGCCCGGCGACCGGUUCGGCCGCGACUCUGCAGGCUACAACUCGCUCUGGGGUGGUGCCCUCACAGAAGCCGUCCUCGCCGGUCUGGUGCCCCAAUGGCGGCUUGACGACAUGGUCGUCCGCAUUAUGGCCGCUUUCUACAAGGUCCAUGUCGGCGACAAGGAGGAGCGCCCAGAGGUCAACUUCCAUGCGUGGACGACCGAGACCGAAGGGCCUCUCUACUUCGCAUCCAACAAAACCUGGGCCAUUGUCAACGAGCACGUUGAUGUGGCUGCCGACCAUGCUGAUUUGAUUAGGGAGAUUGGCGCCAAGUCCAUCGUCGUGCUCAAGAAUGAGGGGGCCCUGCCUCUGAAGAAGCCUAAGAGCAUAGCCGUCAUUGGAGAAGAUGCACAGGAUAACCCCGACGGAGCGAACUCUUGCGCGGACCGGGCUUGCAACAAUGGUACGCUCGCGAUGGGAUGGGGCUCGGGGACGACGGAAUUUCCGUAUCUCGUGGCUCCUGCCACGGCUUUACUGUUGAGAGCCGAAGCGGACGGCACUGCGUUUAGUAAUGUCGAGUCGAAUUGGGACUUGGAUGCAGCCAUUGAAGCUGCCACAGAUGUGGACGUCGCUCUCGUCUUUGCCAAUGCCAAUGCGGGUGAGAACUAUGUCUUUAUCGAAGACAACGAAGGAGACAGGAACAACCUCACUCUCUGGAAAGGGGGCGACGCCCUUAUUGAAGCCGUGGCCUCCGUUAAUCCCAAUACCGUGGUCGUUCUGCACACCGUUGGGCCUGUACUCAUCGAGGAGUACAAGCAGCAUCCCAACAUCACCGCGAUCCUCUGGGCUGGUCUUCCCGGUCAAGAGUCCGGAAAUGGUCUCGUGGAUGUUCUCUACGGCGAUGUCAACCCGCAGGGAAGAUCUCCCUUUACCUGGGGUAAGAGUGCCGAGGACUGGGGUGUUUCCCUCUUGUACGCAGCCGAGACGCCGACCCCCUCGCAGGAUCUCAACGCGGGCCUUUUUAUCGACUACCGACAUUUCGACAAGGAGGACAUCGAACCGAGUUACGAAUUCGGCUUCGGGCUUAGCUACACGACCUUUGAGUAUUCCGAUCUCCAAGUCGAGUUCGUCGCCGAGACUUCAUCCUACGAAGCCGCCGAGGGCGAGACGGAAGAAGCACCCACCUUUGGGGAGAUUGGAUCGCGGGAAGACGCGGAAGCGCCUAAGGGCUUUGACGCGAUUCCGAGGUACGUGUAUUCGUGGGUCAAGGAGGGGGGCAAGCCUCCCGAAGAUAUCGAGAUUGCCGAAUCGAGUAGGAGCGGCGAGGCUCAGAGGGUUCAUCCUGCUGGGGGUGCGCCUGGGGGGAAUCCCGGACUGUAUGAGGUUGUUUAUCGUGUUUCGGUUACGGUGGAGAAUACUGGCGAGGUUGCCGGUACCGAGAUCGUGCAGCUGUAUCUAUCCCACGGAGAUCGUGAUGGUCCUGUACGCGUCCUUCGAGGAUUCGAGGACGUGGAGCUGGAGCCAGGGGAGUCGAAGACCGUGGCGUUUGAUUUGGCAUAUCGAGAUCUCGCGACUUGGGACGAAGAGGUAGAGAACUGGGUGAUAUCUGAUACUAAAAAGACUGUGUAUGUGGGCGCGAGUUCGAGGGAUUUGAGGUUGAAUGCCGAGUUGGACAUAUGA